AUGACCCAGGAUCCGGACCGAAGCGGAGCGCGCGCACGCGCGACCGGCUUUAUCUGUCCCGACUGCCAGCCCACCAUUGUGGAGUUUGAUUCUGAAGAGCUUUUGAUUCGCCAUUGGGCCGCCUUUCACGAUGAUCACAGUGCUGCUGCCGACCUCAUCACGGGCAAUAUCACCACCAAUGCCGCCCCGACCACGGUGGUGGAACGAGCUCACGUAUUCGUAGAGGGCCAAGGCUUUGGGAAGCCCUGCAGAAUCUGUACAGAUCGUGUCUGGCGCCGUGCUGCCAUGUGCACUAAUUGUCGAUACAUUUGUCAUGAACGUUGCAUUGGCCAGGCCCGGAAACACCUCGAUUGCCCCGGGUUCUACCAAAAAACGUCGACCCUCGUCCGUCAAAUUCGCAAAGUCGUGACCGGUAACAAGGUUCGCUACGUCACCGAAGUCGUCGAUCUGGACCUGACAUACAUUACACCACGCAUCAUCGCCAUGUCGCUGCCCGCCACGGGACUCCAGGCCGCCUAUCGGAACAACCUCAAAGAUGUAGCCGCCUUUCUCAAUAGCAAACACGGGUCCAACUACAUGAUCUUCAACGUCUCCGACAAGAAAUACGACAUUGAAGAGUUUCACAAUCAGGUGCUGGACUUUGGUUGGCCCGACCACAUGGCCCCAUCCCUCGAACGUUUGGCUAGCAUUUGCAACAGCAUCGAUUCCUGGAUCGAGGCUGAUCCGAACAACGUCAUUGCCGUGCACUGCAAGGGUGGCAAGGGCCGCACCGCACUUUCCACAAACUCACCCAGUUUUGGUGCUGACAUCAUCAGCUUUACCUCGGACAAGAAGAGCAGUGGCAUCACCAAUCCCUCGCAGCGUCGUUACGUACUCUAUUUCGAGGCAGUGCUUGCGGGCCAACUCAAGGUUUAUCGUAAACACUUGGUUCUGGAGCACGUCUACCUGCAGGGCAUACCGGCCUUUGAUGGAUCUGGUGGUUGUCGGCCGUAUCUGAGCAUCAUGGAAGACUUUCGCGUGGUUUAUCAGAGUCCCGAGCCUAUCCGCACGUUUCGACGGGACGAUAAAUUUAUCCAGUUUGAUCUCGAUCAAGGAUUGCACCUUGCGGGUGAUGUGGUCAUCGAGUGUUAUCAUCGGCCAAGCCGUGGGGCUGAUGUGCUAAUGUUUCGAAUCCAAUUUCCCACUUGUGUGGUGGCGGAUCGCGUGAGUGAUUGCAUGUUCAUUGUCGUUCCCCCUCCGCGGAGGACAUGGGUGCCCAUGAGGCUCAUCCCCAUGUCUGCCUGGGUUCAGGUCUAUACCUUUGAAAAGCACCAGCUCGACGAGGCAUAUAAGGACGCACGGUUCCCCGAGGAGACGAACAUCAGCUGCAUGUUUCGCAGCAUGAGCGAGGAGGAAAAGCGGGUCGCCGAGGCGGACAUCCACAAGAGUCUGCCAGCUAUUGAUGCUCUGCUGCAGCGCCGCGAGCGCGAGUCCGAGUCGCGAAAGAAUGACUUUGCGGCUUCACUGCUAAACCCGGAUGAGGAUGACGACGGCAGCAGCGAUUUGGGGCACACGAGGCAGAGCAAGCUGACCGCUCUGCAGCGGUCAGCUACCGUCUCAGCAGGCCAUCCCACCCGACGUGCUUUGCAUCGAUCCGUGUCUGUAGGCAGCCCCCAGCUGGAGGGGGAGGAGGUCCAUGAAUUGGUAGAUCAAGGCGUGACGAGCGAGGUCGCUGCACUCCCUCGUACCAAGACCAGUGCGGCUGCCCGCCAGGGCAGCUCUUCUCAGGCCAAAGCGUUACCCGUGUUCGACCCUUCCAAUCCGUUUGCAGAGCUUGUUGAGGCCGAGCGCUCGGCUAUGCAGGCAAAGGACGCUGCCACGGCUGAGGGCGUCGGUGAUGCAGCCGUGACUGAACUCGGCGGUGACUCUCUGAUGGUGGAGCGUCCCCUGUUGCGCCGCUCGUCCUCAUUACUGGAAUUGGGCAGUCAUCGACUGGUUGAUGAGAAACAGCGGAUUGAGCGCUCGGAGCUCCGGCAGCGUACCGCGGCAGACGUAACCAUGCCGCGCCGACACGAGAGCUGCGCAUGGUACUUUGCAGAUUUUACCAAGGAGGCGACUGAUCGUCUGCUGUUGGAGAAGGGCCAACCGGGUGAAUUUGUGGUCCGACGCGAUCCCUUGGAUUCACACACGUUUUAUCUCUCGGUCCGAUGCCCCGAGAGCGUGGUAGUGCAUCUAUUGGUGCAAUGGGUUCCGCGGCAGCAGCAGUUUGAGCUGGACCAUCGGGCUUGUUUUGCGGACAUGCAGCAGUUGAUCAAGUUUUACUCAUCCAACACGGUGGCCCGGGUGGGGGAGCACGCGGUUAAGCUGACGCACGGGUUUGCCACGCAAGGCCUGCCUGAUGCUAGCCGACGCACGAGUGUGUCUGCGCUAUCACGUUUGCAGCUGGUCGCCCGCGAUAGCCGACAGGCACGGACGGCUAGUAUGUACUCUGCCGAGGGCAACACGCCCACGGACAAGGACGUGUGGGCUAUGAGAAACUUGAUGCUCGAUUAG